AAAGUGGCGGUCAGUGAUGGAGCUGCUGCCAUGACAACCCCGGCGGUCGGGGCCCGCGCGCGUCGGGGCUGCUCCCGGGAGGAAGGCGGCGCGGAGGCCGGGGGCGGCCGCUGAGCUUGGCGUCCGCGCGGCUCCGGUGCCGGCUGCGCCUCGCCGUCCCCAGCGAGCGACGAAGCGAGCGAAGGCCCGCAGCGGUGCGCUCAGCCGGGCCGUUCCUGCCUCGGUCGCCGCAGCGGCGCCUGGCCCUGCCGAGACCCGCCGGAUCGCAGCGGCUGCAGCGCGCAUUUCGGCUGGGAGGAAGUUGACCGAGAGGCUGCCGCAGGAUCCCUGGAUCCGGAUCGCGCGAAGCUUGGCGGAGCCGCCUUCUGCGUGCUCUACUUUCCAUCUUGGCUAUUGUUACGGAUUGUUUUUCUGCCGGCGGUCCUUCCUCCGAAACUUACAAAGAAAGUGUUGGAUUUCCCCUUGUUUGAACUGAGGAAUUGCAGACCACCUCUGGGGAGCCGGAUCUGACCCACCCCCUGUCCCCUUAUGGUACCAAAGUGCUUACUCCACUCCAAAGUGCCAUGUCAGAACUGCUAACGGGAAGAAGGGACUCCUGAGACGUGCCCACUCCUUUGCACCUGCCUUGCGUUUCCCUUUUCUUGGCCAUCUUCCCUGGCCGAAGCAGCACCGAGGAAGCCCCCUUCGCUGUCCUCCGUGGAAAUUGGUUACCCGAAGCCGGAUUUGGGGGAGGAAUAUUAGACUUAGAGGAGUCUGCGCGCUUUUCUCCUCCCGCGCGUCUCGGUCGCCUCUAGUUCACUGCUGGGUCCCUGAGCUCGCUUCCUCACCCCACCCACUUCCUGUGCUCGCCCGGGGGGGUGUGUGCCGCGCCGCAGCCGGAGUUCUGGGAAGUUGUGGCUGUCGAGGAUGGGGGUCUGUGGGUACCUGUUCCUGCCCUGGAAGUGCCUCGUGGUCGUGUCUCUCAGGCUGCUGUUCCUUGUACCCACAGGAGUGCCCGUGCGCAGCGGAGAUGCCACCUUCCCCAAAGCUAUGGACAACGUGACGGUCCGGCAGGGGGAGAGCGCCACCCUCAGGUGCACAAUUGAUAACCGGGUCACCCGGGUGGCCUGGCUAAACCGUAGCACCAUCCUCUACGCUGGGAAUGACAAAUGGUGCCUAGACCCACGUGUGGUCCUCCUGAGCAACACCCAAACCCAGUACAGCAUCGAGAUCCAGAACGUGGAUGUAUAUGACGAGGGCCCAUAUACCUGCUCUGUGCAGACAGACAACCACCCAAAGACCUCCAGGGUCCACCUCAUUGUGCAAGUAUCUCCCAAAAUUGUGGAGAUUUCUUCAGAUAUCUCCAUUAAUGAAGGGAACAAUAUCAGUCUCACCUGCAUAGCAACGGGUAGACCAGAGCCUACGGUUACCUGGAGACACAUCUCCCCAAAAGCUGUGGGCUUUGUGAGUGAAGACGAGUACCUGGAAAUCCAGGGCAUCACACGGGAGCAGUCGGGGGACUAUGAGUGCAGUGCCUCCAAUGAUGUGGCCGCACCAGUGGUCCGGAGAGUAAAGGUCACCGUGAACUACCCGCCGUACAUUUCAGAAGCUAAGGGGACAGGCGUCCCUGUGGGACAGAAGGGAACACUGCAGUGUGAGGCCUCAGCUGUUCCCUCUGCAGAAUUCCAGUGGUACAAGGAUGACAAAAGACUGGUUGAAGGAAAGAAGGGGGUCAAAGUGGAAAACAGACCUUUUCUCUCAAAACUCAUCUUCUUCAAUGUCUCCGAGCAUGACUAUGGGAACUACACCUGUGUGGCCUCCAAUAAGCUGGGCCACACCAAUGCCAGCAUUACGCUAUUUGAACUAAAUGAGCCUACAAGCUCAACUUUGUUGCAAGGCCCCGGCGCGGUCAGCGAAGUGAACAACGGGACGUCGAGGAGGGCAGGCUGCAUCUGGCUGCUACCUCUUCUGGUCCUGCACCUACUCCUCAAGUUUUGAUGUGAGUGCCACUUCCCCCACUGAGGAGAAGCUGCUGCCACAGCAACCGCCCACCACAGCAAUGGCAACUCCGACAGCAACGAGAGCACCCCUGUUUCUUAUGAGCUAGAAUCAAAUGAAAUUACGAGACACAGAGCCUAAUGGGACACAAAUUCGAGGGAGGGAACAAAGAAUACUUUGGGAAAACAUGUUUCAAAGGGAAAUUGAAAAUCGCCUUGCAGGCCUUGCAGUUCCGUAGGCACAGCUGAGUUUUCUUUCUUUGCCCAAACGGAAAGAACGCACACCUGACUUGGGACCCACCCGCAGCUGCAUUGUGACCUGUUUGUGCGCAGGGUGGGCCGGGCUCAGCCACUCUGCCCACUAACGUGCCCCCGGCAAGGAAAAUUCUGGAGUCGGCCAUCCCAAAUUCAAUAGACACGAACACAGAAUGAGUUGUGCAGGCCCAGAUGUGCCACUGUGGCCCCUUUCAGAGACUGUGCCACUGUUGUGUGUAUUACAAAAUGCAAAAUUAAAGGAAAAAAAAAAAAAAAGAAAAAGGAAACUAAACAAGACAGUCUGACAGCUAUAACAAACCCACAAUCAACAGUCACAAAAGAUAUUAUUAAACUUUUUUUUUCUUUUUUUUGGUUUUCGUUUUACUACAUGGACAUCAUGGAUAAUAAGGGAUUCUGGUUCAUUAUUAAUUUUAUUAAUUAUAUUUUCUGAUAUGAGCCUAGAAUUUAGUGCAAAAACAACACAAGACUAAAAAAUACACAAAUGAAAGGGGUGAAGAGAAGUAUGUUUGUUCAACAUUAAAAAUAGUGUACUUCUUAACUAGGUUUACAACUGGUGGACCACACACCGGGCAUUAACCACCUGGUGAGGCUAUGUCAAAUCCACCAAAAAAACACAUACGAUUUAACCAACAUCUCCACCAGCGCUACAGAUUUCUCCUUAUUCUGGCAUUUAAUGCAGACAAUACUAUGCUUCUACCUGCUGUUUAGAAAUGGAAGGGUGAUCCGCACUGUAUCUUGAGUUUGUUGGCUAUGCUUCUUUUGAUGACAUAUAUUAUACAGUAUAUAUAUACAUAUAUUUUUUUUGUUAGAGUUCUAGCCAUUUUAUUUCUCAGCAGGGUCCUUUCUCAGACAUUACUGCAUGCUGUAUAUGGCGUUAGCUGUGUGUUGAUCUUCUAAAAGAUGAUAGAGUUUACUGGUAAUUGUGUAAUCAGCUCCUGCCUUUUUAUUUUCCUGGGUUAUUUACACGUCAGAGACAUUUAUAAAAAGUGAAAAGAGAAACAAAACAAAACAAAACACUAAUACCAGGCGCAGCGUCUUUUCCAGGUGUGGCUCUCGGAGGGGAAGGCCCUGACCGGAGGCCUGGCUUCUCCAUCAUGCCUCGGGGCGUGAGCAAACAGCAAGUAACUGAACCAACUAAACAGUCAGUAACCACUUGCUUUAGCCCAUUAUGGGAAUCUCUGAUGCCUUUGUGACUACUGGAGAAUUGAAUCCUCUUGGUUCAUUUUAUUUAAUUCCCCACCUUUGUGUGCGUGUGUAUGAAAGAGAAGAAAAUGCAGUUUUUAGAUAACCUUUUUUUCCUCCCCCGAAGUCUGGGAACGGGAGAGGCCUCGGGGAAGGGUCCUGGAUGUGAUGAGGGAAAGUGGGAUUGGGGGCUAGGGGAGGGAGGGGUUGUCUCUGACUUGACAUUAAAAAGUGUUCCAUGUCCCUCUUCA